UUGUAAUGAGUUCUGAUAUCAUCAAACGCUUGUUAUCAUAUGAGAAGUGAAGCAAGUAUCGAAGAGUAAGUAUGCAAACAGGUUUAACAGAGCAACAGAAACAACAAAUUGCAGAAAAACGGCGAUUGGCGCUUCAGAAACAGCAGAAUGCGAAUAAGAGUGUGCCGGUUAGCUCAAAUACUGCCACCAUAUUUGGAAAGAAGAUUAAUAUGGACGUGCCGCAAGUCAAGUUCACAAAUACAAAACGAGCUCAUGGAAAUGUGAAUCUUACAACGACUGUGCUGACUGAUAAAAUAGAGCCGCAGCCUCCGCUGGCUAAGAAAUCUUUUUAUGGCUCUGAGUCCUUCCCCACAAAUGUUACUCAGCGUUCGUUUAAUGCAAACUCUAGCUUCAAUUUUCAACCGAGAGGGUCGAAUUUCGUUGCUAGUAAAUUUCCAGGUAGCUCAAACGUGAAAAACCCAAACCUAGUUGAUCAAAAAUUUAAUAAUUUUACAAGCGGGUUCAGCGAAGAAGUCAAUUUUGUUGUUACUUCCGAAACUCAGUUUGAAGUUAGGAGCAAAUAUGACGCAGAAUUAGUCAAAGCUUACAAAUCUAUGGCCAGAAAAGAGUAUGACCCUGUAACGCGACAAUGGAGGUUUCCCAUUGAAGAUUACAACACAUUUUUUGACAAAUUAAAAUCAUUGCCUCUCGCUGAGCGUCUGACCUUGCGACCUUUGCCUACAAUGGUGCUGAAACAGUUCGAAAUCUGUCGUAAGUUCGAGAAAAUUCAAGAGGAAAAGACAAUUGAUUGGUCCAAAUUUCCGAAUUCAGACGAAUUGAUGGAUUUUCAGCGUGAGGGAAUUAAGUGGGUCAUAGGUCGUAAUGGACGCGCGCUGAUUGCCGAUGAAAUGGGUCUGGGUAAAACCGUUCAGGCUUUAAUGAUCGCUUUUAAUUAUGAAGCCGAAUGGCCACUACUGAUUGUAUGUCCCUCGUCAUUACGUAAUACAUGGGCCGAUGCCAUAGCUAGAUGGUUACCUGACAUUUCACUAGAACGUGUUUCUGUUGUGUACACUACGAAAGACAUUUACAGCGAAAGUCGGCCGAAAGUUUUAAUCUUGAGUUACACGUUAGUUCCGAAAUUAAAAACAGAAUUGCUAAAGUUUAAGUUCAAAGUUGCAAUUUUAGAUGAAUCACAUUUCAUCAAAUCGGGAAAAGCGGCUAGAACUAAAGCCGUGCAAGAAGUAGUGAAAAGUGCACAAAGAUUACUUUUGUUGUCAGGCACACCUAUGAUGUCAAGGCCGAUUGAAAUGUUCACCCAACUUCAGUUACUAAACAAAGCGACCUUCAGUAACCAAACUGUGUAUGCUUCCAGGUACUGUGACGCAAAGCAAAGACCAUGGGGUAUGGACUACAACGGGUCGUCCAACUUAGACGAGUUUAAAGUCUUGCUGUCGUUUACCGGUUUCAUUCGACGACUAAAGAAAGAUGUUCUAUCCCAGUUACCGCCUAAAACGAGAAAAAUUGUGACGUUAGACAAAAGUUUGAUCAAAAAUAAAGAGAAAUCGUUUUCAUAUUUGUCUAAACAACUUAGCAAUGUUGAGACUUCGAAAUUAAUGAGUGGUUCCAAUAAGCAACUUUUGUUCGAUUUCUUUACAGCUUCUGCGUUUGCUAAGUUGCCCGCUGUCAUUAACUACAUGGACGAACUUUUUGAAAGCGGUGUCGAAAAAUUAUUGCUCUUUGCUCAUCAUAUUGAAAUGUUGGAUGGUAUAAGCGAUCACCUAAAUUCAAAAAAUAUGGAUUUCAUUCGCAUUGAUGGAAAAACUCUGGCAUACGAUCGCCAACCUCUGGUUGAUAAAUUCCAAGAAGAUCCCGAUUGCCGUGUUGCUUUGUUGUCAAUCAUGGCUGCGAAUACUGGACUGACUUUAACAGCAGCUUCGGUUGUAGUUUUUGCGGAGCUUUACUGGAACCCAGGCGAUUUGAUCCAGGCAGAAGACCGCGCCUAUAGAAUUGGUCAGCAUUGUAACCUAACUGUGCAUUAUUUGAUAGCUAAUAAAACAGUUGACGAUCAAAUCUGGCCAAUGAUAAAAAACAAAAUGUCGAUAAUGAAAGAAGCAGGACUUUCAAACGAUACUGAGGCUUUUAAAAAUGCGGAAACCAGUAAUCAAGUGUACAUCCCGAAGGAUCAAAGCAAAAUUGACUUCGUGGCCAAAAAGAAAAUUUCAGGAAAGAUCACUAAUUUCAUGGAACCAGUUGUUACAACUUCUAGGAUAUCGAAACAAAGCAGUGACACUGUAAGCGGUCUCAUGGGAGAAAAAUUUUCAGAGUUUGAGUUUUUAGACGACUGGGAUUCUAGCGAAAAAGUCAUUAAAGAUAGUAAUGAUGUGCAAGUUAAAGAAGAUGAUGCUUGUUGGGACAACGACGUGGAUGAUUCGCUUUUUCAAACCCAAAGUCUGCUCCCAACCCAACUUACUGUAAGACAAAGCGAUGCAUUAGACAAGGACGCUACUAAGAUUGAAUCAGAUUUGACAAACGGAAACGACGAUUUCAUUCCAGACGAAGAGCUUGAACUAAUUUUCACGGGUGCGAGUGAUCUUGAAGUACAGGAAGAUGAUGACUCACAGCAAAUAUCGCCCGUAGUUGGCAGAAAAUCAAACUUUACCUAAAUUUGAAAUUAUGGAAAUGAAAGGUUUUUGUUUGCUGUGCGUACUUUCUUAUCUUUAUGUCGCUUGUCAAAAU